GCGCAGCGUACCGGCAUGGCGCGCGAGCAGGGCUCCUCGCAGGCUGUCCCCGCAGCGGCCGCGCUCUUCGCCUGGGGUGCAAAUAGCUAUGGGCAACUUGGCCUUGGCCAUAAGGAAGAUAUGCUUUUGCCCCAGCAACUGAAUGAUUUCUGUAAACCUGAGUGUGUCAGGAGUAUCACAGGAGGAGGGGGCCACUCUGCAGUUGUCACAGAUGGAGGAGGCCUUUUUGUCUGUGGCCUGAACAAAGAUGGGCAACUGGGGCUCGGUCACACGGAGGAUGUUCUGUAUUUUACCCUCUGUAAAUCCCUCCUUGGCUGUCCCAUCCAACAGGUGGCUUGUGGCUGGGAUUUUACUAUUAUACUCACAGAAAAUGGUCAAGUUCUAUCAUGUGGAUCCAACUCUUUUGGCCAAUUAGGAGUUCCUCAUGGGCCUCAAAGAUGUGUGGUUCCCCAGGUCAUUGAGCUCCUGAAAGAGAAGGUUGUUUGUAUUGCUGCUGGGCUGAGGCACGCAUUAGGUGCUACAGCAAGUGGCUUCGUGUUCCAGUGGGGGACUGGUUUGGCAUCAUCUGGGCGACGAUUGUGUCCUGGGCAGACUCUCCCAUUGUUUUUGACAGCAAAGGAACCGAGCAGAGUAAUAGGCCUAGAGAAUUCGAAAGCAAUCUGUGUUCUUGCUGGCUCAGACCACUCAGCUGCAUUAACAGAUGCAGGAGAGCUGUACGUUUGGGGAAGCAACAAGCAUGGGCAACUGGCUACCCAGGCAGCUUUCCUUCCUAUGCCCCAGAAAAUAGAAGCUCGUUGUUUUCAGAAUGAAAAGGUCACUGCAGUCUGGAGUGGGUGGACACACCUUGUUGCUCAGACAGAAACUGGCAAGGUGUUUACCUGGGGCCGAGCAGACUAUGGUCAACUUGGGAGGAAGCUGGAGUCUCAUGAAGGCUGCAAACCAGAGAAGCGGGAUUCAUUCCUCCUCUGCUCAAGACCACAGAACAGCACACCUUCGUCCCUGCAUUGCCUCACAGGAGCAAAUGAGGCCAAGCCAGAUCAGGCCAGUGCUGGUUGUUCAGCAGGGCUGGUGCCUCCCCAAGAACACUUGAUAAGAAUGGGUCUCGCUUCAGAGCAAAGGCUGAAAUUCUCACAGUCAAGAAAGGUCUCUUGUGGCUCAGAACAUAAUUUGGCAAUAAUUGGUGGGGCAUGUUACUCUUGGGGCUGGAACGAGCAUGGCAUGUGCGGAGAUGGCACCGAAGCCAAUGUCUGGACCCCGAAGCCCGUGCAGGUUCUGCAGUUGUCAUCAGGGCUCCUCGUGGGCUGUGGAGCUGGCCACUCCCUGGCCCUCUGCCAGCUGCCAGCACAUCCUGUCCUGAUCCAGGAUCCCAAGGCUACCUACCCUUCCCCAGAUGCUGCCGAGGACCCCGAAUCUCAGGAAGCCAUGGACAAAGAGAGAAACUGAAAGAAAAGACAAUCUUACAGCUCUAGAAAUGGGGAACUGUGAUA